CUCGGGAGUCUUCACAACAGUCUUCACAUCGCAUAAAAAAGUGAGGAAGUGAGAGCACCAGGUCCGCGAGUCGAAAUAAAUUAUCAGCCAUGGCUCCCCUACCACUCCCACGCAUACCCGCCUCAACGGGUGAGAAACUCGAAGACUUUGUCUUCAAACGGGUCGUAUACCCAGCUCUCCAAGGAAUCGAAGCCAUCCACCCAACCAGAACUUUCAGCCCCAUCACCCGGCGGCAAGAUGCCCCACCCACCGCCACAGUAACCUUCGUCCAAGUCGACAACGACAACGACAACGACCCCGAUGACGCACAAACCCUCAGCGGCGGCGCCAUUGCCGGCAUCGUCAUCGGCUCCAUCGUCGGCUUGCUUCUUCUCAUCUGGAUCAUCCGCAGCUGCUUCAACCUGGGUGCUCCACCGACACACGGCAAGCGCAACAGCAAGGCUUGGUACGAUGGCGUGAGGGAUGAGUACCCGCCCAGACACGUGGGCGGGGUGAGACACUCACGGUCGAGGUCGAGGCAUUCGCAUAGCCGUCAUCGAGGUCAUUCUAGGCAUCGGAGCCAUUCGAGGAGGUCGUCUUCGAUGCGCGAGGUGCCGGUUGUGGUGGCCUACCCGACUCAUGUGUAUGAUGAUCGGAGGGGGAGGAGCAGUAGGAGGAGUCGGAGUCGCAGUGUUAGUGUUUCGAGGUAUUAAGGGGAAGAAUGGAAGUUAUUCGGGAGUAUGGGAAUGAGAACUCGACCGGGAUGAGAGAGCAUUGCGCCAUGCGUAACGGAUUGACGAGGCAACGAAUUGAUGACUGAUUGAUACGAACAUAUUCUUUCCUUUCUACCAUAUAAAAUCCGGACAGCAGAACAUGUAAUCAAUAAUGAACAGACACUCGAG